AUGGGUGGGUCGACGUCGAAGCCGAAGACGCCGUCGAAUACGUCGCUGUCACCGUCGCCUCCGCAGAUGCCGUUACGCGCGGCCACGGACACCACACCCGACGUCAGCUGCACACUUCGGCGAGCGAAGAGCGAUAAGAACGUCAGGAAGCCCAGUCUUACCGUUUCAAAAAGUGUAGGUUUUAUUAAUUUUCUUUCUUACUAAGAAUUCUAACGAAUUUAUUAUUAUUGAGACGGGCAGAUAUUUGGUAAAAAUCUGGUAAAAUGAGCGAACCAAGAUUUGACGAAAACAAUUCCUCAUGUAAAAUAUUAUGAGAAUUUAUGUGAAGAGCUAAAAAAAACAGCUGAAUUUUUUUUUUCGGCUAUUCUGAAGUUUGAAGAUUUCAGUCUACAAGACUCCCCGUGCGAGAGGAUUCAGCAGAUAAUGUGAGACUUUUAAAUUUCCUCUUAUUUCAAGUUUAUUUUUCCAGCUUCAAGUAAGCAUUGAAAAGUCGGAUACAAAAGUAAUGAGCGAGUAUAUGGUGGUAGAAAAAACCUUCAACGAGGACCAAAAAGAAGGUAAGAACGACUCACCUAUCUUUUUGAAACGAUGUUAGGAGAGAUUUAGAACACACCCCCAUCUCGCGGUCACAGCCAAACAAUUCUAUAAUCACAAAGUCUACAUCAAACACGUCCCUCUUCUCCAAACUAGGCAGGCUAACCCAAAAUGAGUAAUCGUACUUAAAACCUCACAGAAAACGAAAUGAAAUACACACAUAUUAGUGACUGGUUGCACCUGUCAGAAGAUGACCGACAGGUACUUAUAUUUGAAAAAAAAAGUCGAAGAAAAACGAAGUAAAGGAAAGAUGCGAGCUGACAAUCCAAGAUGCAAUCAGGUGUCCACAUCCUUCGUACAACUGUCUGUCUCCUCUACCCAUCAGAACAACCGAAACAGUUGAAAAUCCAAGUUUUUUUUUUAUUGAAGUUGAUAAAAUUAGGCGACACCACUCAACUCCGAAUUCUUCGCUAACCAGCCAGGCAUAGAAAUGUCGGAUAAGCACGUCGUCUACGACAUUCCAUCUCAGCUUCUUCGCUUAAGGUUGCCGAGGACCAAAACUAUGAGCAGAACACAAAAAAAUCCGUCAAACAGCAUUUUCCUUUUUCCACUUAAGAAAGAUUCAACAGAUUCAUAGAAGAUGCAAAUUUUCUGGAAUGAACUAUCUUCAAAAUGGAGAAGUAGCUUAUACUACUCGCAAUUCAAAACUUCAGAAACAAUAAAAAACGAGCGAAUAGAUCGAAAGCCGACCCUUGGAGACGCUUCGGAGCGUAUAAUUUGCUGUGUGAGGUUGGUUGUUCGCCGCUGGCUCGAGUUUAAUUAAUCUCUCGACUCCGAAAAAAAUUCAAAUUGACAAAGUUUUUUCAAAUUUCUCGAAAAAGCUUGAUUUAUAGUUAAUCCUUACCGACUUGAAAGGCGAGAGAAGCGAAGAAGAUGGCGGGACGCGGUUUUUGGCACGAGUAAAAUUCAAGCGCCACCGAUUAAAUCAUUGAAGAAUUAGAAAUAAUUCAAAAGAUCGAUAAACGAGCCUUCCAAAUGAUCGCUGGCGGUUUAAUUAAACUCAAGAACCGCGUACGAGUUUCGCCUUUCAAGUCGGCAAAAAAUUACCAUUUUUUGAAGAUCAAAGACAAUACUCCCAGUGCUAUGAAAAAAAAUGAUGCCGCGAUGAAAGUGACUUUCGAAAAAUGGAAAUGGUUGUUUCUUUUUUCAUUUUUGGCUAUCAUUUUUAACUCUCGGACGGUCUUUUUUUGCUAUUUCGCUGAGCUCCCUUUGAACCUUUGAACGCAGCAAAGGCAAUUCAAGUGGUUUUCUAGAAUUACAAUAGCCCAGCUUGGGAAAGAAAGCUUUUGGAUUUUUAGAUCGGCGGAACGAUGAUAGACUCGGCGGCAGGGAAUAAAAACAAGACGAACAAAUCGUACGUGAACAUCAAACCAGGCACAGUUCCUCCCCCUGCUCCACGUAAAUAUCAAUUAGUUCCGAAACCACGUCGAGAAUAACAAAAUGCAGAAGUGAAGCCGCUGUUGACCGUGGAGGACUAUAUGACUUUCAAGUUGGAAGGCAACCAAGCGCGAAAGAGUGACUCAUUCAAUGACUGCUGA